AUGGCUUACCACGUAUCCAACAGCUCGGAUUCCCUGUUCGGGCCUGGCUAUGACGGUCCGUUUAGGAAGUUCGACUUCACAUUGCUCUUCGAGGACACCAUCCUGACCAUUGUCCCUGGCACUCUUUUCCUUAUCGCAGCCAGUGCGAGAGCCGUAUGGCUCACCAGCAAGCCGAACAAAGUCACGACUUCCGUCGGCAGACUGACAAAAUUGACAUUGCUUUCCGCGUUCGUGACCAUACAGUUGACAGUGCUUCUUGCUCGAGCAACGAACCUGGAAGUCGCCACCAAGGCUUCGGUCGCUGCAGCGGCUCUGGAUUUUGCAGCUGCUUCAGUGCUUUUUGUUCUCUCGUGUUUCGAACACUCUCGCUCCGUGACCCCCUCCACUGUCAUUGGACUCUACUUGAUCAUCUCACUUCCCUUCGAUGCCACCCGGCUUCGGACUUUCUACCUGCUGGGCGGUUAUGCCGCCAAGAAUAUUGCAACCCUUUUGUCACUAAGCUUGGCCAUUAAGCUCGGAGUCCUGGUCACCGAAGCUGUGGAAAAGCGCGAGAUCCUCCUGGAACCUUACCGUGAUCUCCCUCCUGAGGCAACCAGUGGCAUCUACAACAAAUCGGUCUUCUGGUGGCUCAAUCCCCUUCUAAGGGUCGGAUUUGGCAAGACAUUAGAGGUCGAGGAUCUCUACAAUCUGGACGACGACCUUGCCUCUGCUAAUGUUGAACAUCGAUUCAAAAGAGCUUGGGCGAAAGUCAAGGAUCCUCACCGCUUCAGUCUCCUUCUCACCUCCGCCUACGUCUUGAGAUGGCACCUGCUCACCUCCGCCUGUCCACGUAUGCUUCUCAUAGCUGCCAGGUAUGCUCAGCCAUUCUUGGUCCAGGACACCAUUCAAUACAUCAGCAACCGCCAUAGCCAAACAGCUUCGACAGGAUGGGGCCUGGCAGGGGCUUUCUUCCUCGUCUACUUAACCACCGCCAUCCUGACUGCCGCUUAUCGCCACCUUCUCAAUCGAUGUGUUACCCAGGUCCGUGCAGGUCUGAUCUCGCUCCUCUUCCACAAGACUCUGGAGCUUAGCAUCGUCAGUGCUGAUCCGUCUGCGUCAUUGACCUUGAUGUCGACGGAUGUGCAAAGAAUUGUUGACCCUCUCGCUCUUCUGCACGACACUUGGGGCGGUAUGAUCGAACUGGGACUGGCCAUGUUCCUCCUAUACCGGAAUCUUGGUGGCGGUGCGGUCAUCGCCCCUGCUGUGGUGUAUAUCAUCUCAAUAUUGGUAACGAGCUGGGUCAUCAGCGUCAUUGCUGGAUUCCAAAAACGAUGGUUCGCCGCCGUACAAACCCGCGUUUCGUUUACCUCUGCCUUGCUACAUUCCAUGAGGAAUGUCAAACUACUUGGUAUGUCCUCAAUCGUCAAAGACCGCACCCAAGGCCUGCGGGAGAAGGAGAUCGAUGAGUGCAAGAGGUAUCGGCUCGUCUACAACUUCCAAAUAGUCGCGCAGAAUGCACAUGUUGUGUUCGCCCCAUUUGCGACCUUCCUACUCUACUACAUCAGGUCACGCAAGUCGGGAGAGGCCCUCGAUUUGGCGGCCUCAUUCAGUAUCCUGACCAUAUUUAGGUUGGUUGAGGAACCUUUCAACACCUUGCUCAUGAGCUUUCCGCAGUUGGCGAGCUCACUAUCAUGCUUUGAGCGGAUCCAACAAUACCUCUUGUCCAACUCGCGAAAUGAUAACCGACUUUCACUGCAGCAUGCCUGCGACUUCGAUGAGGACCAAGGUAUUACAUCUCUCCGGGAGGAGUCGAUUCUAAUGACGCAGCUUGGCGCGAGCAGGAGUCCGGAGGGGGACGCGUUGGUGCUGAAGAAUUGCUCCUUCGGCUGGAAGGAGGAGAGCCCACCUGUCGUAAAUGACGUUGAUUUUGCUUUGCGUGCCGGCUGGAUGACUAUGAUCAUCGGCCCUGUCGGUUGCGGCAAAUCUACCCUGCUCAAGGGGAUUCUUAGCGAAACACCGCUAUCUCGUGGCUUUGUCUACCUUCGAAACCAAUCUAUUGCGUUUGCCGAUCAGGAACCCUGGAUACAGAAUGGCACCAUCCGCGAUGCUAUCCGUGGCCCAAAUUCAAGGGGUAUCCUGCAUGACAACGAUCCAUGGUACGAAGAAGUCGUCAACUGCUGUGGAAUGGCAGAAGACAUUGCAUUGUUCCCACGGGGCGACACAACUGUGAUUGGUUCUAAGGGGAUCUCUUUGAGUGGCGGCCAAAAGCAAAGGCUGGCUCUUGCUAGAGCCGUCUACGCAAAGGCCGAGAUUCUCAUCCUUGACGAUGUGUUUUCCGGUCUUGAUAAUGAUACGGAGGAACUGAUAUUCAGAAGACUAUUCGGACGAUCGGGGCCACUGAGAAGGCUGAAAACAACAGUAAUCCUGGUAACACAUGCCGUGCACCGGCUUCCAUACGCCGAUGUCAUCGUUAGUCUGGAUUCAAACGGUCGAGUAACUGAACAGGGAAGCUAUGCGAAUUUGAUCAGUCAGGAUGGCUAUGUCCACAGUCUUGAGGUACAAUUCAAACAGGAGCCCGAACGAGGAUUCGAAGAGGACGCAGGGCGUGAUGCCGAAGCAGGUAAGGGCGACAAAGAUCUCCCCACCACUGACACUGUUCGAGAAGACAGUGGCCCCUCCGAGGAUACAAUGCGACGGACAGGCGAAUGGGCCACAUACAAGCACUGGCUCAAGUCUUGCGGCUAUGUAUCAAGUGCGCUGUCCAUCCUAUGGGCUACCUGCUGGGUUAUCGCCGCCCAAGCUCCUGGUGUCUUGGUCAAGUACUUCGGCCACUCCUCUGAUCAGGCGACGACAUUCAUCAUCGUCUUCGGGAUAGCCUGCAUCAUGUCAGGAGCGGCCAUGGUGCUCGCGGCGUAUCAAAUUUUCAUGGAUAUGGUACCCAAGAGUUCUAGCAACCUGCACCUCAAUCUCCUCGAAGCGGUAGUCAAUGCGCCCUUGUCGUUCUUCACGCGCACCGACAUUGGUACUAUCACGAAUCGCUUCAGUCAGGACAUGGCUCUGGUUGACUCCGAAUUGCCUUUCUCGUACGCCGAAUUCAUGUUAUCCUUCAUCGGCUGUGGCUUUGGCCUUGCACUGAUGGCAGCUUCGGGCACAGGAUACUUUGCAGCGACCAUUCCCGUGGUACUUGCAGCGUUGUACGGAAUCCAAAAGUAUUACCUGCGGACGAGUCGCCAACUGCGCAUUCUCGAUCUCGAAGAGAAGGCUCCGCUGUACACGCUGUUCGGCGAGAUAGCUGCUGGCUUGGCUAGUGUGCGUGCCUUUGGGUGGACAGACAAGUUUGCAGAGCGAAAUCUCGAGUUGCUGGACCGGAGUCAGCGACCAUUCUAUCUCCUGUGGUGUAUCCAGAGAUGGCUCGGGAUUGUUCUGGAUCUCCUGGUGACGGUGCUCAUUACGAUAUUGAUGGUGGUUAUCGUCGCAAAGCGCCAGUCCAUGGACCCUGGUCUUGUUGGACUGGGUCUACUGAGUACUGUGAACCUAAGUGCCGGCUUGACUCAGCUGGUCCGGCAGUGGACUAUGCUGGAGACUAGUAUUGGCGCAAUAAGCCGAUUGAGAGAUUUUGCAAAGAAUACAGAGUCGGAGCACAAAGCGUGGGAAACCGACGCCGUUAGCAGCCAAUGGCCGGACAAAGGACAAGUGAGUUUCACGCGCUUCAAAGCCAGCUAUUCAGCAGAUUCGGUCCUAGUGCUGAAGGAUGUUGACCUGGAUAUCCGCUGUGGUGAGAAAGUGGGCAUCUGUGGCCGUUCCGGAGCUGGCAAGAGCUCCGUGCUUGCCAGUCUCUUCCAUCUACUGGAAUUCCGCGGUGGCCAGGUUCAGAUCGAUGGCGUUGACGUCUCCCGCUUACCACGCGAGACACUCCGUGCCAGAGUCAACGUCAUUCCCCAAGAGCCCUGGUGGAUUACGACCGAGUCUGUCCGCUUCAACAUGGAUCCGUGGACGGCGAGCGAUACAGAGCUUUGUGAGUUUUCACCUGAGCGAGACGAAUUAUUCAUCUCCACCCUCGCACAAUGCCAAAUCUGGUCCGUCAUCCAAGAGAAAGGCGGACUCGACGCCAUCAUGACACUUGAUUUUCUGUCUCACGGCCAACGGCAGCUCUUCUGUCUAGCCCGGGCUCUGGUCCGCAAAUCAAAAAUUGUGGUACUGGACGAAGUCUCCGCCAGCGUAGACGUCAAGACGGACGAGUUGAUGCAACGAAUCAUCAGGGACAAGUUUGCAGACUGCACCGUGAUCGCAGUGGCACAUCGGUUGAACACCAUUGUCGAUUUCGAUAGAGUUGUCGUGCUCGGCAAGGGAGAAAUCGUCGAGGUCGGUGUGCCGUCGGAGUUGUUGCAAACGCAAGGAAGCGCGUUCAAGGAAUUGUAUGAGUCUUGA